GUGUGGCUGACGAGAUCAGAAAAUUGAAGGAAGAGUAUAAGGGCCCAAAAGAGGUAGACAAUGGUGACGGUCCAACACGUGUUUUGCGCGUCACUGCUGGCUCGCUUCACUGGCAGCAUUCAAUGCUUCAUGCGUGAGACACAAUGUCAUAAAGAUCUGAUCCCCCUCCUCGUUUGGGAACCCAUGUAAACGUCACUCACCCUUUCUGUCCGACAUUCUACCUAGCUGUAGUGUAACUGCCUGCCUUAACUGUCACUCAAACCCCAAAUAAAAACCGGAAAGCUCCCCAUCACAAGUCACAAACAAUCAAUAGAGUAUCGGACCCACGUUUGCUUGCUACCCAUCAACGAAGCAACACCAUACAAGCUUCCUACCCACAAUGUCGCACUUUUUCGCCGCAAUCGAAGACCUCGUCAAGAGCGUCGCCAACCUCUUCGCAGGCAUUUUCAACACCAUUGCCAAUGUAAUCGGAGGAUUCUUGACCAUGAUUGUCAACUUCUUCUCGUCCUUUGUCAACCUCAUCACCGGCACCAUCGAGGGUCUCGCUCAAAUGGUUGGCGGACUGGGCAAGUUCAUCGCAGGAAACAUCGUCCUCAUUGGCAUUGUCGCCGUCGCCGUCGUUGGAUACCAGCGCUUCGUCCUACAAGGCAACCAGCCCAAGCCCAUCACUCAGGCCAAGAAGACGACUUGAAGGCUUGGACAACCAAAGGCUGCUGGAGGCAAGCUAUCCGCGUUUGUCGAAGGCCUCUGAAGUAGCCAAUUAUGAACUGAGGAUAUUUACGCUGCCCAAGGAGAGGAUUCUCCAUCCUGGCUUGGGGUUAAUUCAAUUUUCUCUUUUGUAUCCGUGGGCUUGGUCACCACUUUUCCUUUCUCGCAUAAUGGAUUCUGGACGUCUUUUUGGGAGAAACCAAGGCUGUAUACGAUGAUACCCGGCGUUUGAUACCAACCCAAGCAAUAAAACAGCA